AAAAGUUAUGUGCUGCACAUACGAUCGUUUCUGGGAAAUUUUAAGGCAUAUUUUACAAAUUGUCCUUUACGUGAUUGCCCAAAUGCUAGUGCUGUAUCUUUCGGGAUUUUCUUUGGGGUAUACUAGUUAAUUUUCGAAAAAUGCUUGAUGGAUUUUUUAAUUAUUUUUGGCUGGUCUUUUUUCGGUUUAUUUAUGCGCCUCAGCAAGCUUUAGAAGGAAAAUAUGUUAAAUCCUCUAUUGGGAUUAUCGCAGCUUAUAUUGUUUGGGAAACAUUUCAAAGAUCUAAAAGAAGAUCAAGCGUUCCAGACUUAGAUUUUCCAGUUAAUCCAGAAAUUAUGUCUUCUAAUAACACACAGGUAGCUGUCAAAGAAAGCGGAGUGGUCAGCACAGGAACCAACAGGCAAGAAGAAAGCGAAUCCGUAGAAGAAACAACAUUAACCGAGGUAACAAAGAAUCUAGGGGCAAACUCAAAAAUGCACCAGAAAACUGCAACUUUUGAGGGUCAAGAGAACACCUCGAUCAUAGAGGACAACCGGUCACAACAAACGGAAUCAUCAAAGAGCAUGUUACAGCAAGAGACCACCACCGUCACCGGAAACAAACAGUUUUUCAGAAAUCUGUUUCUUCUCUGGACUCUGAUACUCAGAGAUCGUCGUUUGGAGUCUUUGGAAAAACAAAAGAAACCUAACUAUUAUCAGCCAUUGCCAGUAGAAACUGCAAAGCCAUUUGAGCCACUAAAGCCUUUUGAGCCAUUGCAGCCAUUAGAGGUGCCAAAGUCGUUUGAGCUGACUAAACAAAUUGAAGCUCAAAGGCUAAACAAUGUUCAACGGGAGCCAUUGGCUAAAGAAAUUGAUAAUAUUUAUAAUAAUGCCCUUACGAAAGUUGAAGAAAUUAAUGGAGAUAGAGAAACAUUUCAUAAAAAAGAUAAUGUUUUACCAACUGUUCCUAAAGAAAAAGAUAAAAAGUCACAAAAGAUGGAAAUCCCAUCUCCUCUGGAUUAUAGAAAACUUGUAGAAGACCCUCUAGUUGAUUCAAAUAACAACGAAGCAUCUUCAACUUCCUGGAUUCCAGAGGGAUAUGUUCCUGUUGAACCACUGUCACCUCUUAACCUCCUGGAACUUCUUGAGCCCAAACUGGAACCUCCACUGCCUCCUCCACCUCCUCCCCAAAUCACUUUGACUAGCUCCAGUAAUGAUGAAAUUCCGAAGCUUUUAGAUGGUGGUGAUGACCGGGCAGAGAUCACGGGUGAAAACAUACGGAACUCUCUGAAGGAAAUAAUUCAAGAUCUGGAUAGUUAUGCUGAGAAGGAUAAGGAGCUGAGGAAGGAGGAUGGCGGUCUGGCGUUUAUGCAGCAAGAUAUUUUGCAGAAGAAUCAUUUUUCUAACGACCAGCUCGAUCAGAACAAAAGCUGGGUUUCCAGACUGUCCUUCACUGUUCCCACCAUUACGAAACCGCCUAAAUGUCGACCAAAAUCGUUACCACCCGAUAGUACUUUAAGCAAAUAUCGAUUCGAUCAGAUUAAUCAAGAAAUAACGCAGAGGUGUAGAGAUCAAGACGAUGAGCAGGAUGAAAAUGCCGCGCCAAAACAAAUCAACCUGGAAAAAAUCUUCACUCCAGCAGAUGGUGAACAAAUCCAGCCAAAGUCUACUAGAAAAAUGUUUGCCUCAUCGGCAUUCUACGAUAAAGGCUUCCAUCCGACCGUAGAAGACCAAGUGGAAUUGGCCAAGAGAAUUUCCAGUUCUUUGAGCGACAUCAGCAAUCAGAGUAGUAAAGGGUUGCAGAUGUACGUUAACAGGAAGAAGCGAUCUGUUAAGUGGGUGCACGAGGGAGAAGGUCGUGGUACUCUUAAUGGUACAGCAUCCAGCGAUGGCUCAGGUAAAAAAGACCCCCUUAAACUUGUUAUGAACCCAGCAGGUCAAGUCCAAGAUAUCAAUACAUUAAAGAAACAAGGUUACACCUUCGAAACCGCUCUAUCUCCAGAAGUUUGUUUGGAAAUCGUCAAAGGUCUCAAUUCACCCAAAGGAAAAGGUGCAGAAUUAUUUGCCAAACGACGCAAGCGCUCCGAGAAGUGGGUAGUUGGAGAAACCAACGGCAGUAGACCACCAUCCACUAUACCUGACGUUAUCUCUCCAUCACCAGUGCCUACUUUAUCACCUCUUGCUCCUCCUGUUAACGUGCCUCCUCCCAGUUACCUUCCAGAGACCCAGCAACGGUUAGCUCAUAAGGAGAAACUUGACGAAAUACAGGAAAAGUUUACUCGUCCACGUAUAAAACUGAUAAAAUCCCCCUGGGACGCUGCUCUGGAAACUGGAUCAGUCGAUACAGCUUUCCAGGUAGAACCUGCUUGGCCCACAAAGGGUAGCUACGUGGCACCAGCCGUGAAUUCAUACGAGGAAGCUCUGAAAUCUGACAACCUGGCUUCUUGGACUAUUCCCAAAUCCAAUGGGUAUGGUGACCAAAAGAUUUUUACUCACAACCCAGCCUACAACAGCGACAGCAUUAAUCGAAUCGUUGAGAAUCUCCAAAAAGGCUCUAGCAGCACCGAUGUUUACAAACCAGCACUUCCCCAGGCCUGGAACUCUGGACCAGUCAAGAAGCAAAAUUACAGUAGUAUAAAUGCAGCAUUAAAUAACAUCUUUGCAGCUCAAAUAGAAGAGAAACAUCCUCCCACCUCCCCAUUUCCUACUAUUCCUGAUGUCACUCAAGUUGAGACUUUAGGGUCUUCUAUGUCUGAGGUUAUUCGUUCUGUAACCCCGUCUUUUCUUGAAUCAAAACCUGAUCAUCAACAGGAAGCCAUCAAAGAAAUUGCUCGCAGAAGAGAAGAGCAUGCUCGAUCUCCCUUUCCUAUCAUACCAGAUGUGGUGCUGGAACCUGAAAUCGUUGAAAGGGAUAUCAAAGGGUUUCAAGAAAAUCGAAGUGUAUCUUCGUCUUUAAGAGCAUCCUCACCGUUUCCUGGGGUGCCAGAUAUAACGUUAAAUCCAGAGCUUCUGGAACAAGAUGUAGUCACAUUAAGGACUAGUCCUAUACCUUUUUCAGUGCAACCGUCUGUAGAUGAAAGUCUUUGUAAUGAAGAUUUUCCUCCACCUCCAGACUUUAUUGAUCUGCCUACAACUACUGCAGAAGAAGUUUCAGCCAAUAUACCUUUCCCAACUAUACCAAAUAUAUCCAAAUACCUAGCAGCAGAAAAGACCGAGUCCAAGCUCUUUAGACCUCUAGCCAGCAAACCUUAUGCCCCAAUCUUUUUAAAUGACCAAAAGUAUGAUAUAAAAUCACCUAAUACGAUCGUUGAUUCAAAACCUACUCAGCCUGAAUUCACUUACUCCUUAGGAGACCUUGAUUCAAAACUAUGUGAACGUAGCUUUACUAAAAACGAUGAUAACUCAAGGACAAUCCAGUCAGAACUAUUUCAAAGCCAUGGGCAUUUUAACGCCAGGGCCUUAUCACCAAUGAGAGUUUUCGUGCCGGAAGAACAUGAAACCCAAGAGGUGGAACAGGAGGAUGAAGACCAGAAGGUCCCAGACAACAAGACCAAAAUAAUCAUAAAAAAGACUGCUGUAGAGAAGAAUCCAGAACUCGAAGAACAUGCUCGAAAGUUAGCUAUCGAGAGUGAUAGGGAAAAAGCUGAAGUAAUGGUGUAUCAGCAGGGAUGCUUCAAUGAGCUAAAACACAUCCAAAAGACGUACAAUUUGGUUGACAAGUAUGCUAUAAGUGGGUUAAAGAAUGCCAAUGUUGAGUAUAAAGACCUCACUUUGCAGCAGGAGGAAGAAGAAAGGGAAGCAUUUGCUAUAUUAAAUAGUAUGAAAAAAACGAGAGAAGGUAUUCCUUCACAGGAGGAAACUACUUUUGAGGAAUAUAGUGAAACUGAACCAGAUCUCGAUAAAACUGAAGUUUCUCAGUCUUCUAAGUUAGGAAAGCCUGAGGUAAAGACUAUUAACGAAGUUAAAUUAACACACUUGGAAAGUAAUGAAUGUCAGACACUUGAAAAAGAUGUUCCAACUAAAUCAUCUGAGCCAAACGAGUCUUUACCUAAAGAUACAUCUCAACCGUUAGAACCUACGAUUGGAAAACCCUCUCUCAAAAAAUCCCCACCAAAAGACAACCUCACAUAUGAAGUUCAGCAAAAAAUCUGUAAGAAGCCUCCCGGUGCCAUCAUAGGAGCAAGACCCCUAUUUGGGGAACUCAAUAUUAACGAUGAAUUCCGAAAAGCGUUGGUAGGCAGGCAGAAGUCGAUGCUCCAAAGGCGAUAUAACCAAAAUGCUUCCAAAAAUGUCUCCCAAGUCAGGGAUCCCAAUAAAUCCCAGUUUGAGCAAACCGAACUGGAAACUAAAGAAGAAACAACUGAUAACAGUAAUUUAAAACAGACAGUCAAAACGAACGAGAAGGCUGAAGUUGAAAUAUUUAGGCCGAGCGCAAAUGAGGAGGUGGAAAAAAUAUUUUAUCAGCAAGAACGUGAAGUUGAUAUAGAUUUUCAGAUCGUACAGGAAGAGUAUAUUGAUCCACUCACUGGCGAAGUUUUGUAUCAACAACCCGCUGUUGGAUACAUUGCUGGAGGUCAAAUUCAACCCAGUUGUGAGCAACUAAGAAAUGGAAAGGAGAAACCCGAUGCUCAGUAUGCUCAGGUCAUAUCAAGUACCCAGCAACAACAACAGCUACUAAGUCAGCAACUCCAACAACAAAUAUCUUUCCAACACCAGCAACCUCAGCAGCUUUAUGCUCAGCCAAGGCCUCAACAAGAGUAUCAAAAGCCAAGUUAUCCCAGUGAUCAGAGUGCAGAUGAGGACUAUGUAAAAGUCCCUGUAAAAUCUCUUAUUAAAACUUUCGAACAGUCCAUAAUGCCCCCAAUGCAAUACAAGCAAAUCAGAGAUCCUUUACCUGAUGUGGUUGAAAAACUUACAAAAAGUAAAAGUCAAACUCAGAUACCUGAAGAGCCCAAGCUUCAACUCCCACCCUGCUCUAAUACUGACCAAAUGCUUAAAAAAGCCGAAAAAGAAUUUGACAAUUUGUACUAUGUGACUAGCUCCACCGUUCAAAACUCCAGCUUCUCCCAACCUGAUCCCAGCAAAUUCUACUCCUUGCAGCAAUCAGAAAACAGCUCAUUUUGCAGAUAUUCUUCCUCCCAAAUAUCCCAAACAUCAUCUCAAUUUUCUCAAGCUUGCAGCCAAGCGCAGCUUCAAACUGCUUCUACUUUUCAACCGAUAGAGAGCGCACGAGUGGCUUAUGAGUCAGGCUCUGCAACACUUCCAAGGUCCCAAUCGAAGCCACCACUAUCACCCAGCUACAAGCCAAACGUGGUGCCGCCAGUGUUUGUACCCCAAGAAAGCAACAGCCCUCUACCUAGUUUCUACCCCAGUCCGAAAUACAACGCUCACCAGACCGAUUCAAGUUACACCCCCACUCAUACUUACGACGACUCAUUCAUCUCCACCCCUUUGCCAGUUAAGAAAAUCAGCUUCGAUAAUUUCCAGAAUUAUAACACGGCCGCUAGAGGUUGGGGUCAGACCAAGGACGUAUAUAAACCGUUAACGUUUGACAAGCCAAGAUCGCCCUAUUCUGAUUUUUAAGUUGAGAAAACGUCAUUUCGACCAAUCCUUGAUGCGGGAUUGUUGGACCGAGAUGAAAAUCCGAGAAUACCGACGCUCGGACUAAUUAUGGAAUUCUGUUUGCCCUGCCAAUAUUAUUAUUGUCACUAACAUUAGUUUAUCUUAUUCGGUUAGAUGUCGUGGUUUUCAUUCAUAGUCCGAGUGCAGGUGGCAAAUAAACGACCUGUUGUAAGGUAGAUUUAAUUUAUGGUUGAUAUGUAUAUAAUGGUUUAUGUUAUUUAUUUAAGGCACUAACCAAAACUGUUAUGUAAGGAUAAAUGUAAUAUUCAUUAUAUUAUACUGAUUUUUCUCCAAUUUAUAUUAAAAGCUCUGUGUUUAGUUUUUUGAUGUUCUUAGAGUGUUUUGAAGUUGCUAUAUUCUUCCCCUCCACAACCACACACAUACUGUCGGCAGUUAUGUAUCGUUAUUCGUUGUUUUACGUUAAAAAUAAACUAAAGAAAAGACAA